AUGGAGGUCGAUUGGUCUAAACUUCCACCUUAUUUAGUUGAAUUAGUAGCAUCAAAGCUAACCCUAGAUACUGAUUACAUCAAAUUUCGUUCGGUAUGUCCAAAAUGGAGAUCUCUAUUGUCUCCUUCAUCUCCUCAUUUACCACCAUGGUUGAUGCUUACUUUUUGUACUGAUCCUCAACUUCCUACUCGUCGCCAGUUUUACUUCAAUGGUGGAGGUGGUGCUUCUAAAUGUGAUUUUCAAAACCGGUUGAAAUUACCUGAAGAAGAUUGUAAAUGGGGUCGUUGUGUUGGGUCUUCCAAUGGUUUGAUUGUUCUUCUUUCAGGUAAAAAUUCAGACAUUCUUCUCUUUAACCCUAUUACUAGAACUCAAGUCUUUCUUCCAAAGUUUAAAAUUUUCCCAAAAGUGUCAUGUAUUCGGAAAAUAGUGUUGUCCAAAGAAGGGGGUGAUUGCAUUGCUUUAGCAAGUAUUAGUAAACGAUUUGAAUUAGGCUACUGUAAGAAAGGAAACAAAGCAUGGUCAGUUAUUAAGGAAGCUAGAGGUUAUGGGUAUGAUAUUAUCUAUUUUAAAGGUUUAUUUUAUGGUGUUAACAUCAUUGGAUGGUUGGCUAUUUGUGAUGUUAAUGGGGGUUCAGCAGUAGUUACCGUAAUCAAACCAUCUAUAUCGGUGCUGUAUUGGGAUAAAGAUGACCUAUUUCACAAGUUUUAUCUAGUGGAUUCAUUUGGUGAAUUGUUGUUGGUUGCUCGUUAUCUUAGUGUUGUGAAUGAUCCCAAGUUUAAGAAUAGUGAUGUUAUCAAGACGAGUAAAUUUCGGGUUUUUAGAUUAGAUACGUCUGCAGCCUCGUCUUCGUCAUCAUCAUCGAGCUAUGCAAAAUGGGUUGAAGUGUACGAUUUAGGUGAGCGGAUGCUGUUUGUGGGUGGGGGAAGCUCUGCAUUGUGUUUAGCAGCGACUGAGGUUUCCGGUUGUGAAGGGAAUUGCAUAUAUUUUGUUAGUGAAUAUAAUGAUAGUCCUUGGAAUCCUGAUACAGGUGUUUUUAAUUUAGCCAAUUCUAGGAUUCAGCCAUUAAAGUUUCCUAACAGUGAAUGGCGCUGUACUCCUACUGCUGUUUGGGUUAAGCCUUACCCGUGUUAA